UUAAUCUCCCUAAACGUUUAUAUAGUGUAGGUUUUCUUCGUGAAACGGAUGUGUUUUUUUAACUGAUUUCACGACGUGUAAAAUCAUGGUGUGACUUCCGGCAUUUUUUUUUUCUGCAAAUGAACGUUCUAAGUUUGAACAGUGGUGGACUCAUUCGAAGCGUGACGCGUUUGUUGUUGUGGUAUAUUACGUCAAUAAAUGUCAGACGUAAAUUACAAAUGCAAGGAGAGUAUUUAUGAUGCACGCUUCACCAAUUCGCUUCGGACUGAAAAUGUAUGUUCGUGAAAGUAUUCAAUGUCACUUGAGCUUGACAUACAAAAAUGCACUUGAUGUUGGCUCCACGUAAACUCUUGCACACUGUUGAAUCGAUAGUACCUUAAGUGAUAAUAAACGCAGUAAAAAAAUUAUAAAUAAGACGCUAAUUAGGAAGAAAAGGCUGAUUUAAUUGCUGCUUUCAAAUGUUGUUUAUCUGUCCAACCGUUAAGAUCCUCAUUAAUCGUAGAAGCAAUUUAGUAGAAAAAGAAGGAGUAACACAGAAAGCUCAAGACAAUUUUACAAAAUAUAUGAUGUGUAAAAAGAUUAUCUUAAUUUUGUUGUUGUGUUUAGUUGCAAUAGUUUAUGGUAAAUAGUACAAAGAAAGCAAAUUAGAUUCAACUGAACAUGCUGAUAUAAUACUAAGAUAUUUGUGCGAACAUUAAAGAAUUGUUAAUCAAUAUUUACGUUAGCCGAAAACAAGUAUGGCCACAGAUGAUGUCAAAAGUCCCUUACACAAAAAGUCACUCACAAAUAACAAUCACUUCGCAAUGAAUGAAGCAUAUGUGCGCAAGCCGCGAAAUGAACGACAAACUAUUUUGGUCAUCGUGUUAUUUUUUCUCCUCUUACUUUUACUUGUGCUUCUUAUCGUCAUGGUAACGCUGUAUGUUAACAAGGAUAGCAAAAUGAAAGAAGUUGCAAAAAAGCACAAGACAACUGUAUGUAGUACGAGAGAUUGUGUGCAAAUUUCAGCCAGAAUAAUCGAGGCAAUGGAUCAUAAAGUCAGUCCUUGUGAAAACUUUUAUCAAUACGCGUGCGGCGGUUGGCUCCACAAUACGCCCAUUCCGGACUCCAGAACUAGAUAUAGCAGAUUUCAAAAAUUAUCUGAACAAAACUCUGUUAUCAUUAAAAAAAUUCUAAAUGAUUUGAAUAGUGGACAAAGAAACGCCUCCACUCCAGCAUUAGACAAAGCAUCAAUCUACUAUCAUACUUGCAUGGAUACGAAGACAAUCGAAAAAUUAGGAGAUAAACCAAUGUUAGAACUUGUUGAAAAACUGGGUUCAUGGCCCGUUACCAAUUCAAAUUUUAACGCAAGUUCUUGGGACUUAAUGGAGGCUAUGGUUCAAAUUCAUAGAAACAUCAGUCAAGCUCCUGUGUUUAAUUUAUAUGUGGCUGGUGACAUAAAAAACUCAACCGAAAAUGUUAUAGUGUUUGAUCAAUCGGGAUUAUCAAUGUCAAAAGAUUCGUACCUUUUAAACACCACAUACCACGCAAAGAAUCGCAAUGCAUAUCGGAAGAUGGUGAAAGAGAUUGUAAAACUGAUGGGAGCAAAUGAGACUGGUAUUAGAUUAAUGGAUGAGGUGUAUGAAUUUGAAAAACAGCUAGCUGAGAUAACAAUGUCUGUUAUGGAACGCAGAGACUAUCGACUUAUAUACAAAACAAUGACAUUAGCAGAAUUCGCCAAUCAAACGGAAAUACCUGAAAAAUGGCUGUCGGAAUUUGUUAACAAAAUUUUUGGGGGUGUAAAUGUACCACUAUCAGAGAGGAUAGUAUCGUUUAAUGUGGAAUACAUUAAAAAAGCAUUCAAAUUAUUCACAGCGCUACGUCCAGAUAUCCAGGCCUCAUAUGUGAUAUGGCAAGCCGUAAAAGUUAUGGCACCUGUCGUUCUUGGUAAAUACCAGGAUGUCACAGACGAUUACUUUAUGACUGCGUUUGGUACAAAAGACCGGCAGCCGAGAUGGGAAAUAUGUAUUGGAAGUACUUUGGGUGCGUUUGGUUACGCGUUAUCCAGAUCGUUUGUCGAGGAAGUGUACGAUAGAACAGCUAAAACAAUGUCGACUGAGAUGAUACAAGCUAUAAAAGGAGUGUUCACAGACAAUCUCGAGCAAAUGGAUUGGAUGGAUGCUAAAACAAAGAAAUAUGCCCGAAAAAAGGCUGAGAAAAUACUUGAAAAUAUUGGUUAUCCAGAUUUCAUUUUAAAUAGCACUGCUUUGGAACAGGAAUACAUUGGACUUGAAGUCGAAAAAGGUCAGCAUUUUGACAACUACAUGACGAGAAGAAAAUACAAAAACUUUAAAAACUAUAAAAAGAGAGGAAAACCCGUUGAUAAAUCAGAAUGGGGUAUACUUCCAACAACUGUUAAUGCUUAUUACGCGCCUACAGAGAACAAAAUUGGAUUUCCUGCUGGUAUACUACAGUGGCCGUUUUACGACAAGCGAGCACCAAGGGCAGUGGCGUAUGGCGCUAUUGGUAUGGUGGUGGGUCACGAAAUAACACACGGAUUUGAUGAUCAAGGAAAAGAUUUUACGAUCGAAGGAAAUUUCGACACAUGGUGGACAAAUCACUCGUUAACGCAGUUCAAACAAAAAUCACAAUGCUUCAUCAAUCAAUACAGCAAUUUCACUCUAUUUAAUAAAAAGAUGAAUGGUGCUCAAACUCUCGGAGAAGAUUUAGCUGAUAAUGGUGGUCUACGCCAAGCACUGCAGGCGUAUCGACAUUGGGUAUCUAAGAAUGGCGAAGAAGACAAACUUCCUGGACUUGACUUAACUCCAGAGCAACUUUAUUUUCUGGCAUUUGCGCAGGUUUGGUGUACUGCUUACAGAGAGUCAGCUGCGAUUAACCAGAUUGAAACAGGUGUUCAUUCACUAUCAAUGUUCAGAGUAAUUGGUACAUUACAGAACAGCGAAGAUUUUAGUAAAGCAUACAAAUGUCCUGUUGCCUCACCUAUGAAUCCUGUAAAGAAAUGUCGGAUAUGGUAACAAAAACAGAAAAGGGAUAGAAAGUACGAGACAUGAUAAACCUGCCCACAAUUUCGUUGAUACAAAAAGCCAAAAUGGUGCUAAUUACUAUUGAAAGAAUGUCGUAAACAUACUGUGAACGAAAAAAUUCAACAUGCACUUGUACCGUAACCACUCUCUUUUGUAAAUUGGACAGCUCGAAAUUCAGUACGUUUUAAUCUGUCGUUCCUUACUUUUAGAAACUUCCUUGACUGUUUCGAGGCUAAACAGGGCGCCGUUUUUAUAAUAAAAUAGUUAAAAAACUUGACUUUGUCACUGAAUAUCGAUAUUGAUUUUUUCUUGUUUUUGUUUUUGACAGAAUUCAAACAACCAUAGCUACGGCUAGCCUUUUGUUUAACGGUCAGGGUACAUUUAAAAUUAUUCUUUAAAAAUAAAUAGACUAAAUUUGUGACAUAUUGCAGUAACAUUAGUUGUUGUAUAUAAUACGAGAAUACUUAGCAGAAUAAAAUAUAUUACAUCACAAUUUAUUGGAAACUUGUCUCCUAUAUUAACACCGUCACACAGGAAAUGCGAUGUAUAAAGGACGGGCUAAUUUGAUGUCCUCUUUAUUUCCAAAGUGAUAUGUUUUGUUAUUUACUUAAGCGGGUUUCCGCUCUUAAGAUCCACUCAAACGAAUGUGGUCGAAUCGAUCGACAUCGAUCAAAUCAUGGCGUUUUUAUGAAAAUUGGUUUCCAUUUAAAGGGGGAUUUUCACGAAGCGAAUUGAACGGCGAAUUCGAUGGCGAAUUCGCUUUUUAAUUUUCACGACAAAAUAAAUAAGGCGCCAAAUUCAUUGUUUACAUUAGUUAACCGCGUUCUGAUUGGUCAAAAACUAGCAGCGAAACCUUUAGCUGCUAAAAAUUUUUCAGCGAAGCGAAUAUCUCGAUGCAAAAUCAAAACAAACAAAACUGCGCAUGCUCAGAUACAAUCCACCGUCGAAUUCGCCGUUCAAUUCGCUUCGUGAAAAUCCCCCUUAAAUUCGACUAUGGCGAUUCAUUCGAAUUUUUU